AACACCCCUGUGUAUUUCACUUGUCAGUCCCAAUAAUCGAAUAAACAAAUUCUGAUAAUCAAUUGAAAGUCCGAUCGUUCCCAUGAAGGGAUAGACCAUAGAAUCAUCGAAAUGGCGUUUCUCGAGUGGAGAAGAUUCAACUUUUUCGACCUCAAAAAAGAAGUCGAUGGGGGAAAAAUCGCGGAGGCCCUUGGGAACGCACGAGUGAGUGCCUCCACCAGUGGAAACGGAAACCUAAUAUUCGGCGACGAUACAGGCAACAUUCACGUUGUCAAGCGAACAUAUCAAGUCUCGACAUUUAGAGGCUACGAGAUAACAUUAACCCUCGCUGAACAAGUACAGCACUCCACUUAUCUAUUCACAAUCGGUGAGGACGAUCCUGGUUGUAAUCCAACAAUCAAAGUAUGGAACUUUGGAAAAUUGGAUAAACAGGAGAAUCCCACUUGCGUGAGGAUUAGCCGGGCUAUUCCAAGUUUCAGGCCGGUUCCGGCGACAGCUCUUUGCGUCCACCAGAGCUUGUCUAUGAUGGCGGUUGGCUUCGCCGAUGGUUCCAUCAUGCUCUACAGGGGCGAUCUCACAAGAGAACGAAAGAACAAGAUAAAAAUACUGAAAGACAGUACAGCCCCAAUAACGGGAUUGCAAAUCCGAUCAACGGGUAAACAGAAUCACCUCUUUGUCGCGACAACAAUGAACGUAUAUCUCUACAACAUAACGGUGAAGGACAAAGAAGUUAAGACGGUCUUAGACAACAUGGGGUGCGCUGAUAAGUGCAGCGUCCUCGCUGAAACCAGUCAAGAUAGUCAUUUUAUGAUCGGUAGAAGCGACGCGGUUUACUGCUACACCCUAGACGGGCGUGGUCCAUGCUACGCGAUAGAGGGCCAGAAAACGAUGCUCGACUGGUUCCGCGGUUACCUCGUAAUAAUCGCGAAGGAGUCCGGUAACGUGCCGCGAUCGACAACAGUCUCGUCCAAGCCAUCCGCGAUCGAGCCGAUCCCUCCGGGCGCCGACAAGCACAUGAUAACAGUCCUCGACAUUCAAAACAAGUUCAUAGUCUUCUCCGCGUCGAUGCUCUCGAUCCAGGCGAUCCUCUCCGAGUGGGGUGGCUUCUUCAUCCUCUCGGGUGACUCGAAGCUCUACCACCUCGACGAGAAAGACCUCCAGUCGAAGCUAGCUCUCCUCUUCAAGAAAAACUUGUACGACGUUUCGAUCAGAAUCGCGAAGAGUCAGCAGUACGACACCGAAGGGCUUGUCGAUAUUUUCCGCCAGUACGGUGACCACUUGUACUCGAAAGGUGACCACAAUGGCGCGAUAGAGCAGUACAUUCGGACGAUAGGAAAGCUAGAGCCGUCCUAUGUCAUCAGAAAGUUCCUGGACUCUCAGCACAUUGACAACCUGACGACUUACCUUCAAGCCCUUCAUAAGGAGUCCCAAGCCACUGAAGACCACACAACCCUCCUCCUAAACUGCUAUACGAAACUCAACCACACGGACAAGCUCAAAGAAUUCAUCAUGACGAAGGAUCGCGAAGUGGAUUUCGACGUGGAGAUCGCCAUUAAGGUCUGCAGACAAGCGUCACCGGAGGACGCUCUCCUCCUCGCGAAGAAGCACAAGAAGCACGAGUGGUACCUACGGAUCCAGAUAGAAGACAAGAACGAAUACAGAUCUGCGCUCGAGUACAUGGGGACGCUGGACUUCGAGGAAGCUGACGCCAACAUGAAGAAGUAUGGAAGCAUUCUGAUUGCUAAUGUUCCCAGUGAGGCUACGCAGUUCUUGAAGAAGCUUUGCACGAACUAUCGGGCGGUUGACAGACCUCUGAUUGAUGAGAACGUCCUAGAUGGGACGACCGAGGAGAUCGUCGAGCGGUCGAAUCCCGAGGACUUCAUCCAUCUUUUCUUGAACAAUUCAGAGAGAUUGGUUGAGUUUCUGGAGCACCUGGUGAAGGCGGAUACCAAGUGGAGUACGAUGGUGUAUAAUACUCUGGUGGAGCACUAUCUGCACGUCUGGGGGGCGCAGUCGAGUGAAGUUAUGAAAGUGCAGUACGAGCAGAAGGUGAUCAGGUUGCUACAGAGCUCUGAAGCCUGCUUCGAUAGGGAUCAGAUCCUCGUUCUAUGUCACCAGCAUAAUUUCAGGAAGGGAGUGCUGUUUCUUUACGAGGAGAGAAAGCUUUAUCAGGAGAUUCUGCAGUUUCAUCUGAGGGAGAGGGACGACGAGAAUGUCCUGGGGACCUGCAAGAGGUUUGGACACCAGGAUCCGAAUCUGUGGAUUCAGGCGUUGUGGUGUGUCGCGAGGGAUAAGAAUUCUAGUCCGAAGCUGUUGGCGGAUAUCCUGGGGGUCAUCUCCAAGGAGAAGCUUCUACCACCGUUGAUGGUCAUCGAUGCCCUCUCCACUUCGUUGAAUUGCAGUCUUGGGGAUGUUAGGGAGUACUUGAAUACGGUACUGAAGGCGGAGGAGGAGCAGACGAAAGAGGAUGCCGAGCUCGUGGAGAAGUACAGGGAGGACACCAAGAGGCUGAGGGAACAGAUCGCUGGGAUCAAGGGGAGCACCAAUAUUUUUCAGGGAAACAGGUGUUCGGCUUGUCAUCAUCAGUUGGAGCUGCCUUCUGUCCAUUUCAUGUGCCAGCAUUCUUAUCAUCAGCACUGUUUUCAAAGUUUCUCGGAGAACGAGAAUGAGUGUCCGGCAUGUCUACCCAAGAACAAACAACUGCUUGACCGAAUCAGAGCGCAAGAACAGUCUCAGGAUCUCCAUGAGACAUUCCACAGUCUUCUGGACAGAGCUGAGGAUCCCUUCUCACUAGUGGCCGACUACUUCGGCCGUGGUGUCUUCAAGAAACUCAUGAUUAUCACAGAUGCUGACAAACCCAUUGUUCCAACCCCUGCAGCUAAUACUCCAGUGGCUCCAAGAUCUCAGGAACCAAAGGCUAAUUAUAACGCUUAUGGGCCUGGGGUCGAAGCCAAAAUAAGACUGACGGAGGGAAAAAAUACGACUUUAGUUAAAAGUGAAGCGCGUAGAAUCGAUCCCUUCGCCGAGGAUCGACGUUACCCCCCGAAACCAGACGUCUACUCAUCGUCGUUAGAAGCAAAUGUGUCAGGAAGUGGUAGUGGCCUCUCAACUCCACGUUCAAACUCUAGGAAAUCAUCGCCAGUGCCAAUCCGAGAGGCGAGAAUCGUCAACAAUCAGAGUCCCAGGGCAUCGCCAGCGACUAGAGCCUUCGUACCACCGAAAACUCCUAUCGUACCAUCGAAUCCAUUUGGCGAGAGUGAUUACGACGAGAAGAAGAAUCCAUUCGCUGAAGAGGGGGGCAAUCCCUUCGACGAAGAUGAGGACGACUCUACGGGAUCGAAGGAGGAUGAUUACAACAAGAAUUUGAAUCCGUUCGCUAGUUAAUUGAGUCGUCAUUGUCAAACAGAAUGGAAAUUUUUUAAAAAGAAAUUGUGAAAUUUCGUGGUUUUUCAAUUUUUCAAGGUGGAGUGACCCUUGAACAUUCCAGUGAUUUACUUGACUCUCCCAAUCGUCCCUUUGAUCAUAUCUCUUGAAGGAUAACAAUAUUUUUUAUUCUUCGGACUUGUCACGAACAGAAUCUUCGAGAUGAUUAUUUAUUGAUCAUGAAAUUUUGGUUCCAAAUGGAUUUUUUUAAAUCGAUCAUCUGUAAAUAUUUAUUAUAUUGUAUGAGUAAUUAGGUAGAUUUAUUAUUCAAUUCGUAUGAAAAUGUGUUAAAAAAUGUACAGAUUAAAAAAUAUAAUAGAACUAUA